AUGGACGUUCAAGGCAGGAGAACUACAAGAGCACUUUCAAAUGUCAACGAGAAUAUAGUGAAAAGAACAGCAGCUGGAAAGGAUGCCGUAUUGACAAGGAGACCAGCGCUUAAGGAUCAACGAAAUGGAGCCAAUAUUCCGCUCUUCGUUCAGGCCACUGACGCAGGAGCAAAGCCCAUAGCAAGGGCUACGAGGUCAGUUACUACCAAGAACCAUGUAGUCCAAAAAUCCUGUGAAAAUCAACAGACAAAGGAACGACUUCCAGAGAAGAUCCAGAUCCACCCAGAAGUUGUCGGUAUCGAUCGGGAAAUUCAGUACGUGGAGUACUGUGAUCAGGUAGGAGUUUCUUGCUGUCCUACUCCAUGA